AUGUCAUUUGUAUCAAACAUUUCUAAUACCCGAUCAUCUCCCUGUCCACUGUUGGCCCCACACUGUCCAGUAAAUGGAAAGCCUCUCAUUUGGGAUGCCAUCAAAAUACACGACAGUGUUGCGGUCGUUGUCUAUAACAGGACAUCGAAGAGACUGUUAUUCGUGCGUCAGUUCCGUCCGGCCGUCUUCUUCUCCUAUCUCUGCAAAAGUGUCGAUACAAUCGAUUUGAACGUCUUCUCCAAAGACAACAUCCAUAAUGUGAACAAACAAUUGGUCGACAAUCCAAACCUGGGAUACACUAUCGAACUCUGCGCCGGUAUUCUCGAUAAACAAGGAAAGUCACCACAAGAAGUGGCCAAAGAGGAGAUUGAAGAGGAAAUUGGAUAUAAAGUAGAGUUGAAUACAGUCAAAUUCAUAUCGUCGUACCGGAGCGGAGUCGGACACUCGGGUUCUCUGCAUACAGUCAAAUUCAUAUCGUCGUACCGGAGCGGAGUCGGACACUCGGGUUCUCUGCAGUACUUAUACUACUGUGAAAUCACGGACGAAACGCCUAAAGGAAAGGGCGGCGGAAUUGAAGACGAGUCCAUUGAAGUGAUUGAACUGAGUAUAGAAGAGGCGAAGAAGUUGUUGUAUUGCGAGGACUUGGAGGCGAAGCUGUCGCGACCGACGGCUAUGUUGUUCGCCUUGUGCUGGUUCUUCUACGAGCGUUUACCACAACUAUGAGUGCACUUCAAUCGCAUCUAUAGUCUUGUAUUGCAAUUAAAUUUGUUUAAAUAAAAGUUUUAUUAUUUUUUCCUACUUUUAAAUAA